AUGUUUCUGAGAGACCUGUUUAAGUGGAGUAGAGACGCUACACCACACCCUCAGCCCCAGCAGUGGCGUUCGAAUGAGUACUAUUCGGGAUCACCCACCGAUCCUCCUCGCGUCGAUGCAUUUGCAUUUGCAUCGAGCCCCCUCCCCGCCCACGUAAUGGGAACUUCCCAUUAUCUCUCUCCAUCUGCUCCUGGAGACGGAGUUGUGGGAAGACCUAGUAGUCCAAACACAGAAACCCCCAAAACCGAGGACGAUCUUACGAAAGCCCAAGUCAAACAAGCCCUAUUACCGGACCAGAAAGACGAUCCAGAAGGAGUGCUGGAUGACAAAAUAACUCUUGGGGUCAGCCAGUCUCGGUCCGAGCGAAUCAAACGACUUAAGCCUCUACCGCCAACAUCCAUGGUGGUCGAGCCAUUUGGCGGACUAAAAAGCCCUCUAAUAACGACGUCGUACCAUCUAGGACUUCCUAACUCCUACACACCUAGCGAAGGCACCAGCAGCUCGAAUGAGAAGGAAGAUGUAACUAAGAAGCCUACCUGCAGUCUCAAUCUGGUCUGCUAUAGUAGAGGGUGCGUGGUGAGCCAAAUACAGGUGACUAUGCCAACUAAGUUCGAAACCAAAGAAGACUACGACAAAACUAUGGCAAGAUAUCCGAAGAUAAUUACUUCCGACGAAGGACUAUUCAAGGCCCUCAGAGACAGAUACCAGAACAAGAUGUGUGGCUUCUGGAGACGUUGCUUUUCCUUGAAAACUCUCAAGUGCCUAAGAUUGCUUUCAUAUACAUUGGAUACGCGGCCAUCCGCUGUACCAUUUGACGAAAUGACCAUGCAAGAGGUCCUCUAUGCAUACAAUCAUCCAUCUGAAUUCGGCCCCGAAACGGAUUGGGUCGAAUGGAUAUUUCGACUACGACAGCCGGACAAGCGUCAUGCGCUUGAGUUCGUUGAAGGGUGGAAUCGAACUCGAAUUGCAAUUCUUGGCGUCAUUCCUUGUAUUGCGAGCACUCUUGUUGGUGUGAUAUGGAGCUCACGAGGUGGAGACGUGCAGACAGCAUUCACUGUGGCUGCAUUCAUCUUGACACUUGCUACAGUUCUUCUUGCGCUGUUAGCCGUUAUCAGUGGGAUAGAUUCAAAGCCCAGAUAG